AUGCCGACAGAAACGACACGACCACAGGGUCAUUAUUCGCCGCAAGACGGCCGACCCAAGUUGCCCAAGAAGGAGAAGGCUCCGAACAAUCCUCUGGUCAGAGGCAUUGUCGAGUUCUGCAAAGCACUGCAGGCUCGGCGCGAUGACACUGCAGACAGCGGCACCAAUGGCUCGACUUUGAUCUCUGCCGCGAAUGAUGGCGAGCAAGAUGGAGGACCAUCAUCGGCACUCGCAACUCUGCAGGUGGCUACCACGGACAUGCCAAAGCGGUAUACACUCUACCCGCCGCUGCUCCUCCUUCCACCGAAUUUCGCGAUGCAGAAUCCGCGGUGGACGGCAUUCUAUCAUGCGCUUGGUGAGAGAGACAGGAUGGAGCUGUUCCGAUACGUCGCUGAAGAGGGUUUUAAGGGCAUGGGUGUCUCGCGGGUUGCGAUCAAUGCGCCUAUUGCGGCCGAGGUUGAUAAUGGAGGACGCGGCGCCGAUGGUGUCGAUGAUAUGGACAGGUCCGUGGACACCACGGUGCAGACUACUACUACGCCCAAGGAACAGAACGUCCUUCGCUGUCCGUCAGGUCUGGUCCCCGUGUACGGCGACUGGGGCCCCGUGCCCGAUGACCCACACCAUCGAGGCAGGCUGAUACUGCACCCCACGGCCAAGGACUUCGACGAGGCUUUCUGGAUAUCCACGUCGCAACACCAAGGGAUCGUGCAGUGCUGGGCGCCAUUGUACACAAUGUUCAGUCGGGGAAAUAUCUCCGAGAAGGCCCGGAUCCUGGGCCUGCAGUCGCAUUUCCCCGGCCUCGGCCAGCCUGAGUUGUUGCACCACCAACAGAUUGGCGAGCUCGAUGUGGUCGAUUUCUACGUCGGCAUCGGAUACUUUGCAUCCUGCUAUCUCUCGAGAGGGGCGCGGCGCGUCUACGGCUGGGAUAUCAAUCCGUGGAGCAUCGAGGGGUUGAGGAGGGGAUGCGAGAAAAAUGGAUGGAGGUGCUUGGUAGUCAGAGUCGGCGAGACGGGGUGUCUGCAAGGGCAGCUAAGUAUCAGGGAUUUGGUGGAGGAGAUUGAAAGGGGCGAUCACGCGGGCGAACAGGAAGCUGUCGUCAGAUGCGUGGCCUUCCUGGGAGACAACAAGUGGGCGUGGAAGGUCCUCGAGGAGAUGCAACGCGAAUAUGGAAGGAUUGAAAUGGACGAGGGAAGGAUAAGGCUACGAUUGAAUGUCAGGCAUGCGAAUCUUGGACUUCUCCCUUCUUCGAGAGCUAGUUGGCAGGGUGCCGUCAAAGUGGUAGCGGGCUUGAGCGACGGGGGGACAGGUGGAUGGUUGCAUGUCCACGAGAACGUCGAUGCCCGGCAGAUCGAUGUGAUGGGAGGAGAAAUUGUGAGAGAACUUGAUGGACUGACACGGCGAGAAGCUCGAUAUCCUUACGCAGCCUCUUGUGCACAUGUUGAGCAAGUCAAGACGUAUGCGCCGGGCGUUAUGCAUUGUGUAUUUGAUAUCGAGAUCAAACCCAAUGGUUGA